AUGGGAAAACGAGGUGGUAAAAAGGGUGGUAGAGGUCGCGGCGGUGGCGGCGGCAGCGCAGGCCGUACGCGCUCUAUGUGGCAGGACAUCACCAGAGAUAAUGAGAAGUUUGAACUUUACUACAAUGAACCCGAGUUCAUUCCGGAGGAGGAAAGAGAGCUUUUCUGGGCUACCAUGCGCAAGGAUCUCCCUAACAGCUUCCGUUUCACUGGCUCUCGAGGACAUGCGCUGGCUGUUCAGCAGCGUCUCAAGGACCACCACAUUCCCGAAAUCACUUCUAUUAAGUACGAGGACGAAUUCGUUGAGCCCCCGCGCCCAGUUUCCUGGUACCCAGAUCAGCUCGCUUGGUCUAUGACCACUCCUAAGAAUGUCAUCCGUCGAUUUGCGCCUUUCGCCUCAUUCCAGAAGUUCCUUGUCGCCGAGACCGACGUUGGAAACAUUAGUCGCCAGGAGGUUGUCAGCAUGAUUCCCCCUCUCCUCAUCGAUGCCCGCCCUGGAAUGACUGUGUUGGAUAUGUGCGCAGCACCCGGUAGUAAGUCUGCGCAGCUCAUGGAGCUGCUUCACGCAGGCGAGGAAGAUGCCAUUGCGCAAGUCACCGAGCAAAUUAAGAAUGGCCCCGUUGGACCCGAGCCCCUCGGCCCCGAAGGACUGAACGACGAUGGCCGAAGCACUGGCCUGCUGAUUGCCAACGACGCCGACUACAAGCGCGCACACAUGCUUAUCCACCAAAUGAAGCGCCUCAGCUCGCCUAACCUGAUCGUUACCAACCACGAUGCAACUAUGUUCCCUUCCAUCAAGCUUCCUUCUUUGCCUACUGAGGAUGGUAGCAAACCCCAGAACAGAUACCUGAAGUUCGAUCGUAUUUUGGCAGAUGUUCCUUGCUCAGGUGAUGGUACCGCACGUAAGAAUGUCGGUGUCUGGAAGGACUGGACCCCUGGCAAUGCUCUGGGACUUUACAGCACGCAAUCUCGGAUCUUGGUCCGUGCCCUGCAGAUGUUGAAGGUGGGUGGACGUGUUGUCUACUCUACCUGCAGUCUUAACCCCGUGGAGAACGAGGCCGUUAUCGCUUCUGCAAUUGAGCGUUGCGGUGGCGCCGCCAAUGUCAAGAUUAUCGAUUGUAGCCAGGAGUUGCCCGGUCUCAAGAGAGCCGCUGGCCUGAAGAACUGGAAAGUGAUGGACCGCGAGGGCCGCAUGUGGAGCAGCUGGCAGGAGAUUGAGCAGCACCGGGACCAGGAAGGUAUCAACGGUCUUGCCCGACUUGCAGAGGGCAUGUUUGCGCCGACAGGCGAGACUGCCGACCUGCCUCUUGAGAGAUGCAUGCGUGUGUACCCUCACCAGCAGGACACCGGAGGUUUCUUCAUCACUGUGCUCGAGAAGACCUCCGAAAUCAAGGCUAAGCCGGAGAACACCAAUGUCAUCCCCAAGGCUUCUGUUGCAGCUCUCGCCGCAGAGCUUGAUUCUAAGAAGGAAGAGACAAAUGGAAAGCCCCUUGAGAAACUCGAGUCGCUGGAUGAGCUCGUCACUCCCGACCAAGAGGCUCAGGCGGAGCUCGCAAAGAACGCUUCUGUUGCCGAAGCCGCACACCAGCUUCCUUACUCUGCUACUCUUGAUGCAUCGGCCGCUGUCUCUCCCCCGAAACGGGACGCUAGCGACCUCGAAGAGGAAGUUCCUGCCAAGCGAACUAAGCUUGACGAUGGCAGUGAGGUCCUUGUUGGUGACCGCCCCGUCCACGUUCCGGCACCUGCAGUGGGAACUGGCAUUGCUACCCCUGGUGAUAGCACACCUACCACCUCCGCGGCACCCUCGCAGUUCAAGAAGAAGGGACCCCGCCAAGAGGAGCCAUUCAAGUACCUUGAUCCCAACCACGAGGAGCUCGGUCCCAUCUUUGAGUUCUACAAGUUGUCAGAGCGAUUCCCCCGUGAUCGCUUCAUGGUCCGCAAUGCCGAUGGUGUCCCAACCCGCACUGUUUACUACACCAGUGCCUUGGCACGGGACAUUCUCGUGUCCAAUGAAGGCCAGGGCCUGAAGUUUGUCCACUGCGGUGUGAAGAUGUUUGUUAAGCAGGACGCACAGCGUGAGAACGUCUGCAGGUGGCGCGUCCAGACCGAUGGCUUGAAAAUUGCCGAGCCUUGGCUGGGCCCUGAGCGGUCCGUCAUUCUGACCAAGCGGGAGACUCUGCGCCGUCUGCUUGUCGAGAUGUUCCCCAAGGUCAACGAUGAUGGCUGGAAGUCUCUGGGCGAGAUUGGCGAGCGUGUGAAGGACAUCCCCAUGGGCUGCAGUAUCCUCCGCGUUGAAGCACUUGGUGGAGAAGAUGGUCUUACUGAGCGGAUGGUUCUGCCCCUCUGGCGCUCUCUUCACUCCCUGAACCUUAUGCUUCCCAAGGAAGAGCGCCGAGCCAUGUUGCUGCGCAUUUUCAACGAUUCGACCCCUCUUAUCAACACCACACAGAAGCAAGGCGGUAACGUCCAGCCUACCGCUGAUGCGGAAGACGUUGCAAUGAAGGAAGAGAAUGUUGAGCUUAGACAGGAAGCGCAGGAGGUUGUGGAUGAGCGCGAGACAUACAGCAAGGAUGGCGACGAGGUGGACCGAUUCAACACCACUGUCUAG